AUGCCCUGCUAUUCUCUCAAUAAAUCUGCAACUGAGACAAGAGGAAAUAUUAGAAAUGCCCUUAGAACAAUUACUAGAACUCACAUUAAUAAAAUUACAGAACAAUUACAUCAAAGAGAUUUCAAGCCCAGAGUAAUAUCCAAGAAGCUUAAUGGAAGCAAAAAGAAUACUAUGAUCGAGAUGUUAGGCUCAUAA